UCAUGACUCACAACUACUCGUCGGCCCAUUCCUCCACCACUUGUCAGUCACUGUCUUUUUCCUGUUGUUGUCUGAAAACAUUUUAACUUUUCCAGAACAAAAAAAAAAAGGAUUUUGCAAUCAAAAGCAAGAUAGAGAUAGAAAAGGGCACUUCUCGCAUGGCGUCUCUAGAUUCUCAUGUGCUUAUGAAGCUCGUGAGCUUCUAUUUAUCUACUCUUCUAGUCAGCACUCUCGUGAGCUCGGAAACUACAUGCCGCGGUUUCGGGUCGAUCAUCAGUUUCGGCGAUUCGAUUGCCGACACCGGAAACUUGAUCGGUCUCUCUGCUCCUGGCGAAUUUCCUUUAUCCGCGUUUCCGCCUUACGGUGAAACCUUCUUCCACUACCCAACCGGUCGUUUCUCCGAUGGCCGCCUCGUUAUCGACUUCAUAGCUGAAUUCUUAGGGUUCCCACAUGUGCCUCCUUUUUAUGGAUCUAACAAUGGAAACUUUGAGAAAGGGGUUAACUUCGCUGUGGGUGGAGCAACGGCACUGGAAAGUUCCUUUCUUGAGAAGAGAGGGAUCCAUUGUCCUCGUGGCAACAUCAGUUUAAGAGUUCAGCUUGAGAGCUUCAAGGAGAGUUUACCAAACCUAUGUGGCUCGCCAUCAGAUUGUAGAGAUAUGACCGGAAAUGCUUUGAUUCUCAUGGGAGAGAUUGGAGGGAAUGAUUUCAAUUAUCCGUUCUUCCAUCACAACUCCUUUGAAGAGAUCAAAGAGCUCGUUCCGUUUGUGAUCACUACUAUUUCUUCAGCAAUCACGGAGCUGGUCGAUAUGGGAGGAAGAACAUUCCUAGUCCCUGGAAACUUCCCGCUCGGAUGCUCUGUGAUCUAUUUGACAUUAUACCAAACACCAAACAAGGAAGAGUACGAUCCUUCAACAGGAUGCUUAACAUGGCUUAACGAGUUUGCAGAAUACUACAACGACCAGCUUCAGACAGAACUCAACAGACUCAGGAAGCUUUACCCUCACGUCAACAUCAUAUACGCAGACUACUACAACGCUCUGUUUCGCCUUAUCAAAGAACCAACCAAAUUCGGGCUCAUGAACAACCCCUUCCCCGUUUGUUGCGGUCUAGGAGGACCGUACAACUUCAGCGUUGGUGUAAGUUGUGGGAACAAAGGAGUUGGGUGUUGUGAUGAUCCUUCAAAGUAUUUGAAUUGGGACGGUAUUCAUAUGACUGAAGCUGCGUACAGAUUGGUUGCUGAGGGCUUACUCAAAGGACCCUAUGCGAUUCCUCCUUUCGAUUGGUCUUGUCUCAGCUCUGAGGUUAAGAACAAGGAGUCAUUAGACACACAAUAUUCUUUGAUGAACAUGUGAUACAAAAGCUUUGUCUCAAAACUUUUGAGAGAUAAAAGAUAUAAAGAAAAACAUAUAUGUAUUAUUGUAUUGUAUCCUAUAUUGUAUUGUAUAAUUUGUAUCGUCUUUGUCUGCAAGAAAGUUGUCUCAAAGCCCGUAACCACUCCCAUCUUUUUGUUGUCUCAUCCAAUAAUUGCUUUUUUUAUUUAUCUAUUUUUAUGGUGGAAAAUAAAAUUGCAAAUAAAUGAUAAAGAGGAAAUGAAUUUUAAACUUGAAAGGGACGACGACGGAGAGUAGUGACCUCGGAGAGACUCGCAUGGCGUGUUCAGAUUCUCCUCCGUUGAUGAAGCUCCUGAUCUUCUUUGUACUCACUCUCUUAGUCACUUCCGUGAACUCGGAAACGCAGUGCCGGAAGUUCAAAUCGAUCAUCAGCUUCGGCGAUUCGCUUGCCGACACCGGGAACUUGCUCGGCCUCUCUGAUCCUAACAAUCCACCUCACGUCGGGUUUCCUCCGUACGGAGAGACCUUCUUCCACCAUCCCACCGGUCGUUUCUCUAACGGCCGUCUCGUCAUCGAUUUCAUUGCUGAAUUCUUGGGUUUGCCGCUUGUGCCUCCUUUCUAUGGAUCUCAAAAUGCAAACUUUGAGAAGGGAGUUAAUUUCGCGGUCGGUGGAGCAACGGCACUGGACCGUUCCUUUCUUGAGGAGAGAGGGAUCCAUUUUGAUUACACCAACGUUAGUUUAAGCGUUCAGCUUAGGAGCUUCAAGGAUAUUUUGCCCAGCUUAUGUGGCUCUCCUUCAGGCGUGAAAAGAUAACAACUUUUUUUUGUUUCCUGUUUUUUGGUGUUUCCUGUUUUAUAUGAUUAGAAGAACAUCAGAUCUUUAUUUCUUAUUCUUCAACCAUAUCCCAUUAGAGUUGCUGAGUAAGUAUUUCAGCUCCCCUCAAAAUUAGCCACAUAGGACAGGUUUUGAAGGCCAUUACUGAGUCACUUUAGAUUUGUCCUUUUAAAGGUUCUAGCAGCAGACCUCAUACUCAGCUUUGUGUUAAAAGCAGAGUGUCAUCACACAAAAAAGGCUCGUUCUGUUUUGGGUUAUGCUUAGAGAUCUUACCAGUUUCUGUUAAACUGCAAUGGAUCGGUUUCACUUGGAAAAUAAUGGCUUUACAAUUCUUGUUUUAGACUGCAGAGAUAUGAUCGAGAAUGCAUUGAUACUAAUGGGAGAAAUUGGAGGUAAUGACUAUAAUUACGCAUUCUUCGUGGGCAAACCCGUCCAAGAGAUCAAAGAGCUGGUUCCACUGGUUAUCAGUACUGUUUCUUCUGCAAUCACGGAGUUGAUCGAUAUGGGGGGAAGAACAUUUCUGGUGCCUGGAGAUUUCCCACUCGGUUGCUCAGUGUCGUAUUUGACACAAUAUCAAACAUCAAACAUGGAAGAAUACGAUCCUGUAACAGGAUGUUUGAAAUGGCUGAACAAGUUUGGAGAAUACUACAACGAGCAGCUUCAGGAAGAACUCAGCAGACUCAGGAAGCUUUACCCUCAUGUCAACAUCAUAUACGCCGACUACUACAACGCUCAGUUGCGACUUUUCCAAGAACCAGCCAAAUUCGGGUUUAUGAACAGGCCCCUGCCGGCUUGUUGCGGUGUAGGAGGAUCGUACCACUUCACGCUUGGUAAGAAAUGUGGCUUUGAAGGAGUUGAGUUUUGUAAUGAUCCUUCAAAGUACGUGAACUGGGAUGGUGUUCAUCAGACUGAGGCUGCGUAUAGUUUGCUAGCUGAGGGUUUACUUAAGGGACCCUAUGCGAUUCCACCUUUCGAUUGGUCUUGCCUCAGCUCUGAAAUUAAGAACAAUGGAUCAUCUGAGUCAGAGUAACUGAUGUCAGUUGGUCUGAAAUGAGACUGACCGAUCAAUACAUGUAUGUUCUUGAGUUCUUGUCAUGGAUCAUGUAUAUUGUAUUAUGUUCUUCAACUGAUUUUAUUGGUUUCAUUUGAUGUUUCUGCUCAUGAGACUAUAACAAUGAUCAACACAAUUGAAAAAAAAAAAAAAAACGAUUUGUGAAAGGGUUUGUUGGAUAUGAAACGAAAAUGGAAGUUUUUUUAAAACAAAAUCAAAAUUAGCAAUGGUGAGGGUCAGUGUCUGUGUCAGUUAAUUACACGACGACAGGCUCUUGUCCUCAAUUUUCAAAUCCCCCAACAAUGGCCAUUGCUGAAUCAUACAUUGCUCUGCUCUUCUUUACAGUCGUCUUCCCAUGGCUUCUCCGAUUCAUCAUCUGUUCAAGAAACUCAAAACCUUCUUUCUAUUUACUUCGCUAACAACAGCCCUAAUAAGCUCAGAACAACAGUGCCGGAACUUCGAAUCGAUUAUCAGCUUCGGCGAUUCGAUAACCGACACCGGGAACUUGCUCCGUCUCUCCGACCCUAACGACCUUCCUCUUGCCGCAUUUCCGCCGUACGGAGAAACCUUCUUCCACAUCCCCACCGGUCGUUUCUCCGAUGGCCGCCUCAUCAUCGACUUCAUCGCUGAAUCUUUGGGGCUUCCUUAUGUGCCUCCAUACUAUCGAUCUCAAAAUGGAACCUUUGAGAAAGGAGUUAACUUCGCUGUAGCCGGAGCAACGGCACUGGAACGUGUCGUUCUUGAAAGCAGAGGAAUCCAUUAUGCUCACACCAACGUUAGUCUAGGAGUUCAGCUUCAGAGCUUCAAGACAAGUUUACCAAAUCUUUGUGGUUCACCUGCAGAUUGCAAAGAAAUGAUUGGAAAAGCUUUGAUUAUCGUUGGAGAGAUCGGAGGGAAUGAUUACAACUACGGGUUCUUGGUUGGGAAAAGCAUCGAGGAGAUAAAAGAGCUGGUUCCGCUAGUGAUCAGUACCAUCUCUUCUGUAAUUACGGAGUUGGUCAGUAUGGGAGGCAGAACGAUCAUGGUGCCUUCAGACCUCCCGAUCGGAUGCUGGACAUCGUUUUUAACUCAGUUUCAAACAUGGAACAAAGAAGAAUACGAUCCUUCAACAGGAUGUUUGAAUUGGCUGAACGAGUUUGCAGAACAUCACAACGAGGAGCUUCAGGCAGAACUCAGCAGACUCCAGAGACUUUACCCUCACGUCACAAUCCUAUACGCUGAUUACUACAACGCCUUGUUACAUAUCUUCCAAGAACCGGCCAAAUUCGGGUUCAUGGACAGACCCUUGUCCGCUUGCUGUGGAUCAGGAGGUCCGUACAACUACAACAGUGUUAGCCUGUGCGGGGCUAAAGGAGUGGAUUGUUGUAUUGAUCCUUCAAAGUAUGUGCAUUGGGACGGUUUACAUUUAACCGAGUCUGCUUAUCGAUGGAUCGCCACGGGAUUACUCCAAGGACCCUACACGGUUCCUGGUUUCGAUUGGUCCUGCCUCGGCUUUGGAAUCAAGAACAGAUCAUCAUCAGGCGCUUCUUUCUCUACGAGGACGACGAUUUCGCGCACCUUGUCUCCCUCCAUGACGAGCUUCUUCGGUUGAUUCCAGUUUUUCGAAACCCUAAUUUAGCGUUUUCCCUGGGAAGCCGUAACAAGCUCCAUUAGAGAAUCUCGCGAAAAGAUUUUCGCUAUUGCAAAAACUCGAAACCUAACGAAUCUCAAUUAAAUCUCUCAUACUCUGCGAAUUUCACAGACUGAUUCUCUCGUCGAGAAAUAUGGAGAGCGAGAGCAGUGAAGAGAUCGCUACCUCAGGAUUUGGAUACUCACUUGUCUCUCGAAUCUCCUUCAUCUUCUCAGCAAUUCGAUGUCUCAACUGAUACUCUCAAGAUUUAUACAGAGGAGGAACUUGCAGAUAUGGCUAUGAAGGAAGCCUUUCAGGAAGAUAACCUUUCUCAAAUCGAGCUCGAACAAUCUCUGGCCGUUUCUCAUCCUGAAAAUCAAUCAGAUGGGAACGAAAGAAUGGCGAAAAGGAGGAGGACCGUGAAGAAGACUUCUGAGGCGAAAAGUACAGUAAAGAAGGCUGUGGUGAAGAAGACAGUAAAGAAGACUGAGGAUGCUUUCAUUGCCAAAUUAGAGCAGAUUGUUAAACUCAAACAAAAGCAGGAGGAUAAAUCAGAUGUGAGGCUACACUGCUUCAGCGAAACUUGUGACAAUGGUGAAGAUGUAAGUACACCUCCAGAACGUUUCGAGAAGAUGCAGUCUCUCAAGUCCAUUGAUAACUAUACGCUGGUGAAGCCAUCAGACAUCCAGGGACCGGUAGAUAUGCUACAUCCUGAAGUGAUUCUGUGUAUUGAGGUUUAUAACAGUCGCAAAUUAAAGACCCAAGAAUUUUUGGUACUAGGAAGUCAAAUGUUGACGGUCCUAAAGGACAAGAUACACUGUCUUACAGACCAGGUGAUGGAAAAGUCUGGAAAGUAUGAUCCCUCUGGAUACUUCCUCAUUGAAGAUAUCUUUUACAACGAUUUAAGGAGUCCCUCGGCGAUGGAUUACAGCAAACCUGUAUUAAAUUGGCUAUGGAACUCAAAAGAUGAAGCUCGUAAAAGAUGGGAAGGCAUUAUAACCGGAGAAUCAAGGCAAAAGCAGAAAGCGGUGGUUCUAGGUGAAGCGAAAGCAAUGGCUUUACCUCGUUUUGGAUCUGCAGACAUGCAUAGUACACGCUUCAAUGAUUUAAGAUUCAGAGUCGGAGCUAGUUAUCGUUAUUGUCAUCAGGGAGACUGCAACCACAUGAUAGUGAUACGAGACAUGAGGCUGAGUCAUCCAGAGGAUGUUCAGAACAGAGCGGCUUACCCGAGACUCAUGUUUCAAUUGAAAGUGAGGGUUCAGAAAUGCAACAUCUGCAAGAUAUAUAGAGCUACAAAGGUUACGAUGGAUGACAAGUGGGCUAAAGAGAAUCAUUGCUAUUUCUGUGAUGCUUGUUUUGCACUUAUACACUUGGAGUCUUCCUCUCUUAAAUUUGACUUGCCUGUUUUUGAUUAUGUGUAUGAGUAAAAUAGCUUCUUCUUGUUGAGAAAGACGCAUGAAGAAGACAUGUUGGCAAAGUUUAUAAUAGCAAUUUUGAUGCGAGUUUUUUUGACGGAAGAAGCCUGACCAAACCAAAUUGAAG